AUGGCCCUGGGAAAUUAUUCCAGGGUGCCUGAAUUUAUUUUCUGUGGACUUACCCAGUCUCAAGAGCUGAGCUUGCUCUUCUUUUUCUUUUUAUCUAUGGUCUACGUAACAACUAUGUUAGCAAACAUUGCCAUCAUGGUCACUGUCACCUGUGAAUCGUGCCUUCACACACCCAUGUACUUCCUGCUCUGCAAUCUCUCUGUCUUGGACAUAUGCUUCUCCUCUAUCACUGCUCCAAAGAUCGUAGUAGACCUUCUCUCAAGGACAAAGACCAUCUCCUUCAAUGGCUGCAUCAUACAGAUGUUUUCCUUUCACCUCCUUGGUGGGGCAGAUGUUUUUUCUCUCUCUCUGAUGGCAUUUGAUCGUUACAUGGCCAUCUCCAAGCCCCUGCACUACCUGACCAUCAUGAGUAGGAGGCGAUGCACUGCACUCAUUGUGGCCUCCUGGGUGGGGGGCUUUGUCCACUCCAUUGUGCAGAUUUCCCUGUUGCUCCCACUCCCCUUCUGUGGACCGAAUGUUAUUGAUGGCUUCUACUGCGAUGUUCCCCAGGUCCUCAAACUCGCUUGCACUGACACCUUUGCUCUUGAACUCCUGAUGAUUUCCAACAAUGGUCUGGUUGCUACCCUGUGGUUUGUCCUUAUCCUGGUGUCAUAUGCUGUCAUCUUGAUGAUGCUGAGGUCUCACACUGGGGAAGGCAGAGGAAAAGCAUUAUCCACCUGCACAGCCCAUAUCACUGUGGUGACCCUGCAUUUUGUGCCCUGCAUCUAUGUCUAUGCCAGGCCCUUCACUGCCCUCCCCAUGGACAGAGUUAUCUCCAUCACCUUCACUGUUAUCAGCCCUGUCCUGAACCCUAUAAUCUACACCCUAAGGAACCAGGAGAUGAAGUCAGCCAUGAGGAAACUGAAGAGAAGAUUUGCAGCUUCCACAAAAAGAGUAGAUUCUAUGAAGUCCACAUUGGGAAGCCAGAACUGAAAAGAGAUUUUUCACAACACAAUAGAAGGCCCCUAUCUCUACACCACCUAAAGACCAAAGCUUUAUCUUUUUCCCACAACAGAGUCCUAUAACAAGGUUGGCCUGAGACAAUCAUCACUGCAAGGUGGUCUCAUGGUGAGAUUGUUGGCAACUUAGAGUCUCAGGUCCAUAAAUUGUCAGCUAUUGUACGGCCUCUAAUAUUUAUAUCAGGAAACUUGGUGGAGCA